AUGGAAACCGAAGUAAACAACCAACUGGCCUUCCUCGAUGUGCUUGUCAAGAGAAAUGGCGACCUUUUGGAUCACACGGUGUAUCGAAAACCCACUCAUACAGACCGGUACUUACACAAACUAUCAAAUCACCAUCCAAGCCAAAAACAGAGGAUUAUCCGAACAUUAGCAAAUAAGGCAAGACGUAUCUGUGCUAAUGAAUACAUCCAAGAGAAACUAAGUCAUUUAAAUAAAGCUUUUCUUGCCAAUGGCUAUAAUGACAGAGAAAUAAAGGCGGCGCUGGUACCUAGGCAGAGGAAACCUGACGUCAAUGAACAGAAAAACAUCAUUAAUAAGGCCUUCCUACCAUAUGUUUCCCAGGUCACCGAUAGGAUUGGUAAAGUUCUCAAGAAGCAUAACAUCAAAUCCAUAUACAAACCUACCCGGAAAAUAAGGGACUGCUUAAGACCAGCCAAAGACAAAAGAGAACCAUUAUCCUCUGCAGGGAUCUACCGUAUACCUUGUUCCUGCGGUAGCGUAUAUAUUGGAACUACCAAACGCUCAGUAGGAACGAGACUUACGGAACACAAGAGAAACUGCAGAUUAGGGUAA